GCAAUCGAAUGGCAGCACACAGCCACACUCACAUUGCAUUCCUUCAGUUCAGUUGUGUGCUCUGACUGAGUGAGAUGGCGAGCGUGAAGGUUUUCGGGUCACCCACCUCGGCGGAGGUCGCCCGCGUGCUCAUGUGCCUGUUCGAGAAGGAGGUGGAGUUCCAGCUGAUCCGCGUCGACGCCUACCGCGGCACCAAGCGCAUGCCCCAGUACCUCAAGCUGCAGCCGCACGGCGAGGCGCUCACCUUCGAGGACGAGAGCCUCACCCUCUCCGAUUCCAGGGGGAUCCUGCGCCACAUCUCGUACAAGUACGCGAAGCAGGGCAACCCGGACCUGAUCGGCACGGGCGCUCUGGAGCGCGCGUCCAUCGAGCAGUGGCUGCAGACGGAGGCGCAGAGCUUCGACUCGCCCAGCGCCGAGAUGGUCUACAGCCUCGCCAUCCUGCCGCCCACCCUGCCCAGGCAGCAGAACGACAACAACGGCACCGGCAGCGGGUUCAACGCCAGGGACGUGGCCGUGGGCAGCAACGCCGACGCGUCCAGCGGCAAGCGCGGUGUGGCCGGAUCAGAGCAGCCGGCGGCGAGCCAGAACCAGCUGAGCCCGCAGAAGGAGGAGGAGAUGCUGAAGCUGUUCGGGCAGAGGAAGAAGGACCUGGAGAAGCUGCUGGACAUCUACGAGCAGCGGCUGGAGGAGGCCAGGUUCCUGGCCGGCGACAACUUCACCAUCGCCGACCUGUCGCACCUGCCCAACGCCGACCGCCUCGUCUCCGACCCGCGCUCCCGCCGCCUGUUCGAGUCCCGCAAGAACGUCAGCAGGUGGUGGCAUGACGUCUCCAACCGCGAAACCUGGAAGUACGUCAAGAGCCUGCAGCGCCCGCCGUCCACGUCCACCGACGCCAGCGCCAUGAACGCCCAGGGCCAGCAGCAGCACCUGCCGGGAUCCACCGACGGCCACGGCGUGAAGAACGAGCGGCACUUCUAGUUCUAGCAGCUGCCGUCCCUUCCCGCCGAAUGAAUGAACUACCUGCGCCGCCGCCGUCCAUCGACAAGGUUCCUACAGCUGUUCGUGUCGCUAAUUUCAUACGUCGUACGUGUCUGCUGUUUUUCAAGUUCCCCGGGUGUGUGCAGGGGCCUAUGAGUCCGUUCCGCCUUUUGCUGAUUCACUACAGCAUGUGUUUUUGUUCGUCGUGUAAUAAGAUGUAAGCCCCACCCCCUUUUGAAUGAAAUUCAGAUUUCAGUGUCGUGUGAAAUGUA